AUGGCGGCCAUCUUCUUGGUGCUGUUCUUCGUGCUCUCUAUCUACGGCAUAUACAUCUCUGGACAGUCUCGAGAGUGGUACACUUGCUACACGAGCCAAUGCAGCGAGGCUGCGGCCUACCUCAAGGCACGCCUGCAACCAAAGGGCGGCGACGCGUGCAACAACUUCUACGACUUUGUCUGCCACACCUGGUCACACCACCGAGCCUUCGCACAGUCCUUCAUCGAAGACCUCAAGGACUCGUUCUGGAGCCGCUUGAACCUGACCCUGCUAAGCGCUACGAAGCCCCCGCCCCCUAGCGAUAGCGGCAUGCACCUGAUGUACGCGCUCUACAGCAGCUGCUACAACUUCAUGACCACUCGGAGGCCGGUGCCGGACCGGGUGCGCUCGGUUUUCGAGAAAACGAACGCGGCCCGCUGGGUCACGGGAGCCAGCUACGCUGAACUCGUCAGGCAGAUGAUACACCUGGCACUGAGCCGCGGAAUUAUCACGGUCUUCGAGCUGAAGUUCACUAAGGUUGGCGACUCAGAUCUCCUGCACAUUAGCAAGGGCAGCUCCCUGCGGUAUAAAGCGACGCCAGUGACGAACGAACGUAUCUACCACGACUACAUUAAGGAAGUGCUCCAGGUGAUCGGCUACAAGUCGCACCUGGAAGGCAGCUUUAGCUACGUGGACGCCAUAGACCGCAGCGUGGAGGCCAACUUCGCGAAGCCGUCACGCACAAAAUCGGCCAACUUUUCCGAACUUGGCACGCUGGACCAUAGGGCGUCCGCGCAUACCUGGCUGGAACGCAUCAACCGCGACGUGCUGCAGCGCCACUGGCAGAAGGAAGAUUCCGAGAUCCUCGUCACAGGCUUCGACCAGAUCAAGACCGUCAUGGACAUCGUGAUGGGCGGAGGGCUUCGCAACGCGACCGCCUACAUCACCGUGCAAGUGGUGAUGGAGGUUCUGCGUUAUGACUUCUUCCGGCGCUACGAGCAGCAGCACGCGCGCGACGUGGUCAUAAUGUGCCUGAACACGACGCGCCAGUUCCUGUUCUACACGUGGCCCACCCUGGUGGCCAACCUGACCAUCAACAACACGGUUGUCGAGGCGAGCCGCAAGCUGUUCGACGAUAUCCUGGACGGGGUCGUCGACCACAUGAACCGCGCCCAUUGGCUCGAGCUGCCCUCGCGUCUUGAAGCCACCAGGAAGGUGAGAAACAUUCGUCUGAUCACAAUCAACCCGAACAUCUCGGACCGGUCCGUGACCUUGAGCCGCCAGGUGAACUACACGAAGCUGAGCAGACCGCCCACGGACUUCGUCAACAGCUACAUCGAGGCGGCCCAACUGGACACGCAGCUGCGCAGAGAGGUUGGCAACGAAGAGUUCGGCUUCUACGGCAGACUCCAGCUGGCGGGUGACGUAGCGUACUUGAAGCUGUGGAGCCUUCGGAGCGGUGCCGAGCUGUUCCUACCAACGCUGCUGUCGGAGCCGCCGCUGUUCUAUCCGGAGGCCGGCGAGCCUUUCAACUAUGGCACCCUCGGAGUGCUGGUAGCCAUGGCUCUGAGCAACGCCGUUGGCCGCAAGGGGGCGCGUCUGUCGGCAGCGGGCAUUGAGGAGAACUGGUGGACGGACCAGACUCUGCAGAACUACAACGAGGCGGCUCGCUGCUACGAGGAGCAAUACCGGCGCCUGAGCAACUCCACGGCUUCCUUCUUGGACGAGCAGAGGGACCAAGUGUUCCUCUGGACACGGGCGGCGCGUAUCGCAUUCGACAGGUACCGGCUCAAGUACAAGGCCCGGAUUACGCGCGGCCGUGAGCGACUGCAGCACGACCGCGUCUUCUUCAUGCGGCUCUGCCUGCUCACGUGCACGAGCCGGGAGGAGGUGGGCGACCUGUGGCCCCGCUUUCGCUGCCACAUGCCGGUGCUCAACAUGCGGGAGUUCUCCGAGGCCUUCUCGUGCCGCACCAUCGACCUGCUGGGCGCCGACAAGAAGUGCCCCUUCCUGUGA